CGACUCGCUCGUGUGCGUGGCACAAAACUGCCGAGAAAUGAAGGACACGAUAGAGACACUCGUGCAGCGCCAGGACCUCACCCUCGAUCAGAGCGCUGCGGCGGCCGAGGCAAUCAUCGCCGGCGCCGACCCGUGCCAGGCCGCCGCGCUGCUGGUGCUGCUGCGCUCAAAGGGCGAGACGCCGGCAGAGGUGGCCGGCAUGGUGCGGACGAUGCGGAGGCACAUGCUGACUGUGAGUCCGGCGCGGCCGUGUAUCGACAUCGUCGGCACUGGCGGCGACGGCCAUCACACCGUCAACAUCUCGACCGCCGCGUCGGUCGUCGCUGCCGCUUGCGGCGCGGCGGUGGCAAAGCAUGGCAACCGGUCUGUCUCGUCAAAGUGCGGCUCAGCGGAUGUGCUGGAGGAGGUGGGCGUGUCGCUGGCGCUACCGCCCAGCGGGAUUGAAGCCUGCAUCGCCCAAGCCGGCAUCGCCUUCAUGUUUGCGCCCGGCUUCCACCCUGCCAUGAAGAACAUCGUGCCCGUGCGCAAGGCGCUCGGCGUGCGCACGGUCUUCAACAUCCUCGGGCCUCUCAUCAACCCAGCCGCGUGCACCCGCGGCGUGAUCGGCGUCUACGCACCCUCGCUCGUCGCCCUCGUGGCGGAGGCGCUGCACGCGCUGGGCGCUGAGCUGAUCAUGGUGGUGCACUGCUGCGGCCUCGACGAACUCGCGCCCAUCGGCGAGGCGAGCGUGGCGACGGUCACACCUGCCGGCGUCGAGUACUCGACGCUCGACUGCACUCGGCUCGGCUUUGCCGUUUGCUCCAUUGACGACCUCAAGGGCGGCGACUGCGUGGAGAACGCCGCCUCACUGCGCAAGGUGCUCUCGGGGACGCUCCCCGGACCCAUCGCCGACACGGUCGCCCUCAACGCCGGCGCCGGACUCUACGUCGCCGGCGUCGCUCCGACGCUGCAGGCCGGCUGCAAGCUCGCGAGCGAGGCCAUCGCCGCCGGCUCACCCAUCUCCACCCUAGACAAGUGGGUGCAGUGCUCGCAAGCGGCCGCGGCGGCUGCCAGCGACCAGGCCGCGAGCUAGAGCGGCAGCCUCCCGUCACAGCCCAAGGCGGAGCCGGCGGCCACGACCGGCCAGACGCGCAGGGACUCGCCACGAGAGGGGCAGCAUCCCCAGUUCCCCGUACAUACAGGAGUACCCUACCGCGCAUGGUUCAACGCGCGUUCGGUUGUCGAGCUUUGACUGCGCAGUCCGCACGCUCCGCGUCUCCGGGGUCUCCGCGAUCUUUCCGCGGGACCAGGCCGCAGGGGCCAGGGCCGGGGGGCGGCAAUUGCGCGGCCGCGCAGUACAUCUCAUAUUUUGUUUUUGGCAAUCGUUGCAUGUGAGCGACAUGUAUGUGUCGGAUUUAACGCGAUAACUCGUAAGGGGGGUGUC